AUGGCAGUAGCAGCACGUCUUGCUGCGAAAUUUAAUACCUACUAUGCUGAAAGGCCAGUGCUCACGACGAUGGUCACCAAUGCCGUGCUUGGUGGUGUUGCCGAUACCGUUGCACAGCUGAUUACGGCCUUCCGGACCCGCCGACCUCACCCAGGCGACGAUUUCCUUUCGAUAGAGAUCCCUGAUUAUGAUAAGCAGAAGCCCCCUGCUGCAGGGGAACUGGGAUAUGUCCGGAGCUCGUCCCCAUCUUUCGAUUUCGAGCGCCUGACGAGAUUCAUGGCAUAUGGCUUCUUCAUGGCGCCGGUGCAGUUCCAGUGGUUCGGAUUCUUGUCCAGAGCGUUCCCGCUCACUAAGAAGAACCCGACGGCUCCUGCUUUCAAGCGUGUCGCGUUUGACCAGUUGAUUUUUGCGCCAUUUGGUCUGGCGUGCUUCUUCACCUACAUGACGAUUGCCGAGGGUGGUGGUAGAAGAGCAUUGACAAACAAGUUCCGUGAUGUCUACCUGCCGACCUUGAAGGCCAACUUUGUGCUCUGGCCGGCAGUGCAGAUUCUCAACUUCCGUGUCGUUCCCAUCCAGUUCCAGAUUCCAUUUGUCUCAACCGUUGGUAUUGCGUGGACCGCAUACCUUUCUCUAACCAACUCCGCCGAGGAGGCCUAA